AUGAAUAGUAGCACCUGGCAACAUCCAUUCGUGAACAUAUUCAAACAUUUCGACAUUGGUUCGACGAAAAAAUGCGCCAAACAAGGCGAUAUCACUGCUCUUAUGGAUCGUGAUUUGAAAUGCACGGUUUUCCGCAUCCGUGGCCUCGUUCCAGCGAACAAUUACAUUCAAUUUCCUGCACAACUACCCCAGCAAAAUCUUGCUUUGAUAGGUCGUCUGUUUUACAUCUUAUUUCGUCCUACCUAUGAUAAAUUCUUUUCCAUUCAUAUCGAUAUCCUUACUCACGAACAACAUGUUGUUCGUAUAUCAUUGUCAAAUCUGUAUCGCGAAAUGAAAGUCACUCAAACAUGUAUUCAGUUUCCUUAUACAUCGACAAGUCAGGACACGCAUUGGACAGUGCUGUGUUUGGAUUUAGAAUCUAUCGUUUUAACUUACAUGACAAAUCAACAUUAUCAUGUGGUUAAAUCCUUUCAAUUAUGUGGAAAUAUGAUGGUUAAAAAUUGUUUCUCAUCGCAAUUUUUCUACGAGCCUGUCAUGAGUCCACAUAAAGCCAAAAACAAAGGUUUGAAAUGCUCGGCGAAUCGCUCGCUGCCACGUGAACUAUCGUUUCCAAUUGGAAAAGAUGAAUCUUGGCACAGCAAAUAUGAUUUCAUUAUCAUUCCAAGUUCAUCCUCAAUAUCGGAUCUACCUUCCACAGAAGUUCUCAACGACGUUCGUUUACAAACACCUCGAGAAAUUAGUCAGUCAAUGACCGAUCUAACUUUGAACACCCACAGGACAAAUUCACCACGAGAUAGUCAACUCGCAACAGGACGUUCGGCAAACCAACCAAUUGAUCGUUUUCCAUCUUUGCCUGCCAUGCAUGAAUCAUCACUUCCAUCGGUUUCAUCACGCAGUAACAAUGAAGGUAUUCAUCUUUUUAUUAAUCCUCAAGCAAAUGGUGAUGAAUCUAAUUAUGAACUCCUACCAUUACCUACCGAUCGUUCCCAACAAUCACACAUACCCGAUCCAAUUCUUCGACUACGCACUAUUAUUGGCAUCGGCAAUGGUACGAACUACUGUCGAAAUCUUCUCUGGACACAGGAUGGAAAUUAUGUUCUCUAUCCUUCGAAUGCAGUCGUUGUGCAAAUGCAUGCGGAAACACAACAGCAACUAUUUUUUAUUGGGCAUACGGAUAAAGUGAGUGCAAUUGCAUUCAACGGAAAUUCUUCAUUACUAGCAACAAUACAAUCUGGACCGAAUGGUAUUCUUCGUUUGUGGAAAUUUGAGACUCGCCGUUGUAUUUGCGUGGUUCGCGUACCAGGUACAUGUAACCUACAUGCACUCGACUUUGGUAUUCGUAAUCUGACGGAUUCAUCGUCGUCCUUGAUUGUUGUUGGUCAUGGUGAACAUCCUCAACAAUCCCGCACUGUUGUUUGUGUUUAUAACACGUUAAAUGCACACAAAGGCUCAAUUGAUUUAAUCUGUCGAGCAACUACCGAUGCAACGAUCACGCAUGUACGCUUUGUUCCAUAUGAUUCAUCACGAUUCAUCUCCAUUGGUUCGGAUAAUAUUCGCUUUUGGCGGCUCAAGAACGGCAACGAUUUGAAAUCGAUGAGCAUAUCGGUUGACGAUCUCGAUCAUUUAGAAUAUACAGAUCUACAAUUUGAACAUUUAACAACCAGUAAAUUGAAUGAACUACUUGUUUAUAUAUCAUCCAAAAGUGGUCAUGUAUUAGAAUUAUUAUACGAUGAAAGACGUGUAACGAAAAUUCAUCGUCUAUUACCGAAAAAGCAUUCGGAUGGUUCCACGGAUAAGAUUACUAUGGGCGAUGGGCCAUCAAUUGGUAUUUGUGCAUUUGCUUGUACAAAUAAUUUCUGUAUUACAGGCUCAAAUGAUGGAUUUGUUCGAGUAUGGUCGAAUGACUUCACACAAGUUUACAUCGAAGCGAAACAUGACCAAGCGAUAUGUGGUUUGAGAACAUCACAUGAUCAAACGCGCGUAUUAAUCUCAACGAUCUCAGGUUCACUUGGAAUGUUGAAUCUCGUGAAUAAAGAACACUUGCAUCUCAUACGUGCACAUACGCAACGUGUCACUGAUAUUGAUUAUGAUGAUAUCAAAAAACAAAUGAUUAGUGUGAGUGAAGAUGGUACAAUAAGAAUCUGGUGUUUUCGAACAGGAAAACAAUUGUCCGAAUUUACCGCCGAAUGUGAAACACCUGUUGUUGUCACAUAUGCACCGAAUCGACAACUAUUCGCAUGUGGAUUUGACAAUGGAACAAUAAAAAUCUUCGAUUUGAAUUCAUCGACUAUUUCGACAGAGAUUACGCAUCAUACGACAAGUAUUACUGGUCUGCUAUAUGCUCAUAAUGGCGGCCGUCUAAUCAGUAGUGAUGAAGAAGGAAAUCUAUGUUUGUCGGAUGCGAAUGAUAAUUACAAAUUGCAACGUACAAUGUCCAAAGCGUUGUUUCCAUUACCAAAAGGUAUGGCAACAUUAUCGAUCAGUACAGAUGGUAAACACACUGCUUACGUUGGUCCAACCGAAUUUGUUGUUACUGUGGUCGAAACAAACAGUUUAAAUCAAACGCUCCGAAUUGAUAUAAGUAGCUGUGCUUUAAUAAGCAAUGAUCGACGAACAACGUCGUCAAAUGAAGCAGCUCUAUUUGUUCGUUUCGCACCGAACCGGCAAUUAUUAGUUGCAACUACGAAUUUGAAAUUACUUAAAUUCGAUUCACAUUCGGGAAAACUUCUCAACAUCAUAAGUAGUGUCCAUAAAAAUUCGUUUGAUUGUCUCGCUCUAUCGUCCGAUAGUCAAUAUUUGGUUACAGGAGGUGAUCAAAUGUUAAAGUUCUGGGACGAUGUGAAUUAUCAGAGUUUCGUUGGUCAUUCGGAGCCUAUACGAAAAGUAUUCUUUACGGAUGACAAUAUGCAUGUAAUUAGCAUCGGAGAUUCAAUCUUCAUCUGGGAUGUACUCGCAUGGACGACCCCAAGACCGAAUUUACUCGUUAAUAAUCAACAUAUUGCUCAUCCAGCAGUUGCUGAACGUGUACCUGUUCGAUCGAACUUUGAGACGAAUGGUCAACCAAGGAAUCCUCCAGAACCGUUUCAGUACAAUCAACAAACGAAUGACAAUACAGCACGAGCCAUAACACGAUCAUUGUCAAAUACCGAGUUGAAUAAAACAACUAAGAAAAUCAAUAAUAAGAAAUUUGUACUAAAACAAAACGAUCAUCUACCAGCGAUUCGACGUCAUUUCAUCCAACGAACUACUCAUUCACAACUAGCAAAAAAACGAUAUGUCGCUCCGGCUAACCAAGAAAGUCUUAAACUGCAAUCCGUGAUUGGUUAUAACGGAAACGGAAGAGAAAACCUCGCUUGGCACGCACACAAUGGAUUCUUUGCUUACACAGUUGGUUGUAAUGUGAUUGUAGAGAAUCUCAACAACAAUUAUCAAACAAUCUUAACUGGACAUUCUGAGGAAAUCUCGACAAUAGCGCUUUCCAAUGAUGUGACGAUCUUCGCAAGUGCUCAAUGUUCGUCGACCACAACGAAUAAAGAUGAAUUACAAGCGAAAAUUAUCGUUUGGGAUAUCAAAACACUUCGACAAAAGUUGUCUCUUCAUCAGACAGUUCAUGCGAUUCAAUCAAUGGCUUUCUCAAAAGAUGAUCGCUUUCUUAUCACAGUGGGUGACUAUCGCAAACCUCAGCUGACAUUAUGGUCAACUCAAGAUUUCACUAAUCUACUCAAUUGGCAAGAUGAAUCAUCAUCAUCGUAUAUAAAUUGUCUCACUUGGAAUCCCAUGCGUGCCAAUGAAUUCUGUCUUGGUUGUUCGAAUAAUCUCAUACGUUUCUGUACUAUUGUCGAACAAACCAAUGAUACGAAUCUACGAUUGCAAGUGGUUAAUGGUCAAGUGCCAUCGUCGAUUAGCGAACAUACGAAAAAGACAUGUGAGAUUACUGCAUGUACGUAUUUAAUAUCAAGUACAAAUCUCGUUCUUUGCUCGACUAACUGUGGCUUUAUAACCUGUUGGAAUACGCGAACAAAUGUGUGUUUACUUCAUUGGAAAGCUGAUGGCAAUGAAAUCUGCUAUAUGUCAUCGAUUAAACAUCAGUUAAUCACAGGUUCAUCGACAGGUUGUUUACGGCUGUGGAAUACUGAAAAUCUGGAAGUUAAUUUAGGAUUGCCAAAUAUGAGCGAUUCGAAUUAUGGUUUAACUAUUCAAGAUGAAUUCCAACUCGAUGAUGGAAUUAUUAGUGGAGCAUUUGACAAUAUUUUCGAUAUGGGAAUCAUUGGUACAUCAUGCGGAUCUCUGUGGUACAUUUGUUGGACAAGUGAACGAUCAAAAACUCGUCUUGUCGCUUCACAUACUGAUCGUAUUACGGGCGUUAUACCUAUCGAAGAUACACAUAUAGUUACCAGUAGUUUCGAUGGAACAAUUCGAAUUUUUCAAUUAGAAGAUCGAAAUGAAAUUCUUCGCUUUGAUGCCAAUGGUUUAAAAGUGACCUGCUUGACCUCGUGGGAUAACUCGAUUCUUCCAACAGCCGAUUCAUUUGGAGCAGCAAGUCCGAUCAAGAAUAUUCAAACAACGGUUCGCUCGAUUGUCGCUGGAUACAGUGACGGCACGUUACGAAUUUUUAAUCUUCUUCACGGGCAGAUGGUAUUGAAAUUGCAUCCACACACUGCAUCAAUUAGCGCGUUGCAUACACCAUCAAAAACGAUCAUUUGCCUUUCCGGAGCAGCAGAUGGUUCUGUCGCCGUGUCUGAUCUUGCUCAAGGCAUCGUUCUACGCGUAUUGAAUGAUCAUCGUGGCACUGCACCGAUCUGCAUGAUCGAUUCAAAACAAAUUCUCGAAAGUAAUUCUUACAUGUGUUUGAUUUCCAGUCAUGAUCGACGCGUUAGCUUAUGGAAAGCCAAUCAUCAGUUCGAUCUUUGUCAACUGAUCGACUGGUUAACGUUCUCCGCACCAUCUUAUCCACCGGAUGGUACGACCCACGAAAACAAUUGGCAGUCGUAUCCUCCAAGUUUAGCUCGAUUUAUCGACUCCAAUCUUUUGCUGUAUAUCGGUUAUGGUAUAGACAAAUCUAUUCAAAUCUAUAAUCUCGACACGAAACAGAUCGUGCGUACGAUUCCUCUGAGUCAAUGGUGCACAUGUUUCGACCUAUCAAAUCUGCAAUUCGAUCAUGACAAUGAGAAUCGUUUGAUCGCACUCGGCACGAGAGAUCGUUUAGUUCAAUUGAAAGAUUAUACUCAGGGUACAUUUCAGGAUUUUAUUGGUAACAGUGAUACAUUAACAAAUGUAAAAUUCAUUCAUAAAAAGUCGCAUGAUUUAUUAAUAACAACAUCAUCCAAUGAAAUAUUUGUUUGGAAAGUACUUUUAACCUAG